AACGCACAUCAGUCCGCGCCUCCCGACGAAAAGGAAUGGAAGCGGGGACGUGAGUGUGUCACCGGGCAAGCAAGCGAGCGAGCGAGCGAUAAAGACAGAACGGAAAGACAGAACGAGAGGAACGAGCGAGCAAUAAAGCAGAGCCGAAUCCAGCGGUCGGUCGGUCGGUCGGUCGGCGGCAGCAGCAGCGGUGAUAGGGAGCGUCCAAGACACCGAAGACCGCCUGAUUUCACUCGAUUUCGCCGAUUUCACUGCUGGAUUGCGGGAUUUGCGUCGACCUCUCGUCUUUACCUAAAUCAUUGUUGCCAUAUUCAUUGGAAGCCGUAUCAAAAAAAGAUCCAGGAUAAUUGACGAGUCGUAUAUAAGGGCCAUUUCCAGACUGCAGACAGUGAGCUUGGUGGGCUAGCAGGACUCUACCAAAGAUGGAGCAGCUCUCAGACGAUGAACUGGACCAUGCUGCGGAGGAGGACAGUGAUAAGGAGGACCAGGACUUGGACAAGAUGUUUGGAGCCUGGCUGGGGGAACUGGACAAACUCACACAGAGUCUGGAUGAUGGCAAGCCGUCACAGGAGCGCGUGCAGAAAGCUCCACUCAGACAGGAGACCAACAUGGCCAACUUCUCCUACCGAUUCUCCAUAUACAACAUCAACGAGGCCCUUAACCAGGGCGAUGGCGUGGACCUGGACGCUCUGAUGGCUGACCUGUGCUCCAUCGAGCAGGAGCUCAGCACCAUCGGCAAACCCUCCUCCUCCUCCUCCUCCUCCUCCUCCUCCCGCCUCGUCGUCCCCGGCGACGGCAAGGUCCGGCAGAAGCCCCCCGCCGGCCGCAGCCAGAGCGUGAAGGGCGGAGGCGGCGGAGGAGGAGGAGGGGGCAGUCUGAGCGCGAGCAGUAGCACCCGCGUGUCCCCGGCGUCCACCGUGCGACUGACCGGCCCGCACUCGCGCGCGCCGCUGGGCUCCAACUUCUCGCUGGACGACAUCACGGCGCAGCUGGAGCGGGCGUCGCUGAGCAUGGACGAGGCGGCGCGACAGUCCUCGUCCUCGACCGCCGCCGCCAUGGCAACGGCCACGCCCACCUCGUCCACCUCGUCCACCUCGCUGGGCUCCGCCACGCUGCAGCGGCCUUCCCAGCAUGCACGGCAGCACCGGCGCACGGGCUCGGUGGGCGCGGUCAGCGAGCAGGAGGUGCGGUCGUUCACGCUGGGCAGGUCGGCGUCGCGGUCCAGCGCGGGCUCGGGGGGGUCGGCGGGGGGGGCGUCGGCCACCAGCAUGGAGGCGCUGGACGUGAGUGGACCGUCGUCGCCGUCGCCGCUGCCGUUGCCCCUGGAGAUGGAGCAGCAGCUGAAGCUCAUCCCCGUGCAGAGGGAGGGGCCAGCAGCAGGAGGGGGAGGAGGAGGAGGAGGAGGAGGAGGAGGACAGCCCACCACAGAGCACUCUUAUCUGGACAGGGAGACCUCUCAGAUUCUGAAAAGUAUAGCAGGAAAGCCCUCACACUUGCUGACCAAGGAGGAGCAGGCUGCCAAACUGAAAGCAGAGAAGAUAAGAGUUGCCUUGGAGAAGAUCAAGGAAGCCCAAGUCAAAAAGCUGGUGAUCCGUGUGCACCUGUCGGACGAGAGCUCCAAGACCAUGAUGGUGGACGAGCGACAGACGGCACGGCAGGUGCUGGACAGCCUGCUGGACAAGUCCCACUGCGGCUACAGCCCCGACUGGUCCCUAGUGGAGACCAUCAACGAGCUGCAGAUGGAGCGCAUCUUUGAGGACCACGAGAACCUUGUGGAGAACCUGCUGAACUGGACCCGGGACAGCCAGAACAAACUGAUGUUCAUCGAGCGCAUCGAGAAAUACGCCCUCUUCAAGAACCCACAGAACUACUUGUUGGGGCGGAAGGAGACAUGUGAGAUGGCUGACAGGAACAAAGAGGCUCUCCUUGAGGAGUGUUUCGGGGGCAGCUCCAUCUCUGUGCCUGAGAUCGAGGGUGUGUUGUGGCUGAAGGAGGACGGCAAGAAGUCGUGGAAGAAGAGAUACUUCCUGCUCCGAGCCUCUGGGAUCUACUAUGUGCCAAAAGGAAAAGCCAAGACGUCGAGAGACCUGGUGUGCUUCCUGCAGUUGGAACAUGUGAACAUCUACUAUGGGCUGGACUACCACAGCAAGUACAAGGCCCCCACUGAUUACUGCCUGGUGCUUAAGCAUCCUCAGAUUCAGAAGAAGUCUCAGUACAUCAAGUAUCUGUGCUGUGAUGACGUCAGGACUCUGCACCAAUGGGUGAAUGGGAUUCGCAUCGCCAAGUAUGGGAAGCAGCUGUACGUGAACUACCAGGAGGCCAUGAAGAGGACUGAGGCAGCGUACGACUGGUCCUCUCUGUCCAGCUCCAGCAUCAAGUCCGGCUCCAGCUCCUCCAGCCUGCCAGAGUCCCAGUCCAACCACUCGAGCCAGUCGGACAGCGGCGUGUCGGAGGGCACCUCGUCUGGUCAUGUACGUUCUCAGAGCGCCGUCAGCUCCAUCUUCUCUGAGGCCUGGAAAAGAGGCAACCAGAUAGAGGAGACCACCAAGGUGAGGGUGGAGCCGGCCCGGGCCUCCUACCCCCUCCAGUUGCCCCCGCUGUCCCACCACCACCACCACCACCACCACACGCUGCCCCACUCCCACACCCGUAGCAGCUACAGCGGCAGCGGCACCGUGGAGUCGCCCCAGUCGUCCCCGUCGCCCCCCUCCCCUCCCCCGCCGCCCCCUCCGCCCCCCGCGCUCACCGGCCAGGCCUACCACUCGCCCCCCACCACCUUCACCAAGUACAGCACCCUGGCCCGCCUGCAGAGCACCGCCGGCUCCCAGGCCGAGCGCCAGUACAAGCAGCAGCAGCAGCAGAUGCAGCAGCAGAUAGCCAUGAUGCAGCAGCAGCAACAACAACAACAACAACAACAGCAGCAGCAGAUGCAGCAGAUGAUGCCUCCUGCUCCACCACCACAGUCCAUCAAGCCCCAGAUGCUCAACGUGGCCCAACAGCAGCAGCAGCAGCCGCCUCCUCCACCUCCACCCCCUCCUCCACCCAUGCCCGCUCCCGGGUCCGCCAUGGCGGUGCUGAAGAUGGGGCCGCCCAGUCCCGGGGUGCACGGCGUGCCCGAGUUCGUGCCCCCUCCGCCGCAGGGCCACCACCACGUGCUGCCCCCCCACCCCCAGAUGCACCUGCAGGCCAACGGCAUCAUGCCGCCGCCGCCGCCCCACGAGCAGGCCGCCAAGUACCCGGCGCUCACCGCCAACGGCCUGCAGCAGUUCCUGGCGCAGAAGUUCCCCAACAUGAGCUACGACUUCUCCCAGCCCGUGGACGACCUGGACUCCCCUCCACCACCUCCUCCGCCGCCUCCUCCUCCGGCCGUGUCCCCCCCGCCUCCCCAUCAGACCUCCGGUCCUCCUCUGGCGCCCCCCAAAACCUUCGCCGGGGGGUUCCCGUCUCAGGCGUCACUGCGUCCGGCCGGCUCGCUGGCGGUGUCCCCCGUGUCUCCCACGCCGCUGAUGAAGAAGCAGCAGAGCCUGUCGGCCGCCCACAGCCCCAACCAGCCGCCGCCGACCCUCCCCAAGCAGCACAGCUUCCCCGCCAAGGCGCUGUCCACGCCGCUGUCCACCACUCCGGCCGGGCCCCUGUCCCCGACGCCCUCCUCGCUGGUCAAGCAGAUGGUCAACCAAUUCCCCGGCGCCGUGCCGCAGUCCGGCGGGCCGCUCUCCCCGCCCGUGGUCAAGGCCAAGCCCAAGUGGCAGCCGGGUCAGCCCGCGCAGCCGCAGUCGCCCGAGUUCCCCCCUCCGCCCCCGGAGAGCACGCUGGACUUCCCCCUCCCCCCUCCGCCCGCGCUCGACCCCACGCCCCUCCCUCCUCCCUCCAUCCCCUCGGGCAAGUCGGCGACCUCGCCCAUCAAGAAGUCGCCGUCCACCUCCUCCAACUCCUCCACGGGGUCGACGGGCAGCAAGCGGCCUCCGCCCACCCCGCAGAGGAACUCCAGCAUCCGCUCCAACUCCUCGGUGGAGUACCAGGAGUCCAAGAAGGUGGAGGACCUGGUCAGCAUCUUCGCCCAGCCGGGCCCGGCGACCCAGACGACCCAAACGACGGUCCAGUCCGGCGGCGCCAGCUCCCUGUCCACCCCGGCGUCCGCCUCCGGCUCGCCCUCCAAGGAGCCGCGCGCGACGCCCAAGCCGGGCAAGAUCAACCUGGCCAACCUGCCGCUGGCGCUGCAGGGCAAGUCUCCGGCCGCGGGUCCGGCUCAGUACCGGCAGUCCAGCUCGGAGUUCCCGCCGCCUCCGGAGUACGACUACUUCCCGCCGCCGCCGCCGGACUCGGAGCUGCUGCCGCCGCCGCCGCUCCCGGUGGAGAUGCACACGGGCGCCCCCAGGGUUGCCGUGGUGAACCCCCAGCCCCAGAUGCACCAUCAUCACCACCAACACCACUCCAACACGGCCAACACCACCUCCUCCUGGAAGUCCCAGUCCCUGAAGAAGACUCCACCUCCCACAAUGCACCGGCGCAGCAGCGGGCCCCCCGAGCCGCUGGCGCUCUCGCCGCCCCCGCAGCCCAUGCCCCUGCAGCCCUUCGCCCCGCUCUCCUCCUCCUCCUCCUCCUCCUCCUCCGCCGUGCCCCCGCCCUCCUCCCUGGUGCCCCCCACCUCCCCGAAGGCCGUGCCGCUCACCAACUUCCAGCCCAACUUCCUGGAGGACCUGAACCGGACCCUGAAGAGGAAGUCCAUCACGCGGCAGAGCUCGCUCACGUCCUCCCGCAUCUCCUCCAAGCUGGAGCCCGUGGCCACCAUGGACGACAUGGCCCUGCCGCCGCCGCCCCCGGAACUCAUGCUGGAUCACCCGCGCAAGGGCGGCGGGGGCGGCGGAGGAGGGGGCUACAUGUCCGGCAACAUCUCAGGCUAUGCAACGUUACGCAAGGGGCCUAAACCUCCACCCCCGAAACGGGACCAGAACACCAAACUCACGGGGGAAUGGUAGGACUGGUGCUCGUAAGGGGGUAAAGGGGUGGGGUGGGAUGGGUGGGGUUGUGUGGGCAAACAGAUGUUGGGGUGUCGGACAAUCCUGUUGGACUUAAAUCGCCAACCCCCCCUCCCCUCACCACUCCAUGGUGCAACUGUUUGUCUCUGUAAAUGACUGUGUAUGAAAAAAAAAAAAAACUAAAACAAAAACAAAACAAACUCCACAUAAUCCUCAGAUUAUAACAACAUUACAGUUCAUAAGAAAAAAAAAACGCAGAAAGGAUGGAAGGAAAAAAAGAAAAAAAAAAGAAAAUAUAAACCAUGGCAAGCCAAUCCCAGUAACUGUAUAAGCUUCAACGCAAGUGUUAGUGCUGCUUCGCAUUCAAAGAUAGGCAGUUAAUCGAGUCAUGAUCUUAAAGGAUAAAAAACCCUCUCUGCAAUAUAACGGUACUGCAUGGACUUCUGCUUUUGGGAAGGGAAGAGGGGGGGGGGUGUAUGUGUGUGUGUGUGUGUGCGCGCGUUUGUGUGUGUGUGUGUGUGCGUGUGUGUGUAAAAAGAUGUCAUUUGAACUUGUCGGGGAGGGGGAAAUGUGUACUGACUUUGACUUUUUUAUAUGAAAUUAUUUAAUACCUGAAAUAUAUUCUUAUUUUAAGAUUUAGUUUUCAAAACCCUCGAUGGUAAGCGUUAAAACGUAUACAGAGAUCAGGGUUGAUGAAGAAGUGUGCGUGUGUGUGUGUGUGUGUUUGUGUGUGUGUGUGUGAGGUGGAGAGUUUGCGAUCAUCACCCAUGCUCGCUGUCUCACCGCCUGUCUAAGCCCUAUCAUUUCAUGAACAAUUCCACCACCGUCUCUCUACAAAGUGUUCUGCCAUGUUUGCACCUACAGUAAGAAACAACUACAACGAAUGGCUCGAAACAUUUCAGAGGUUUUCACUGUUCAACUGGAGACAAGAAAGAGGCGACGAGGGUGUGAUGGAGUUCGAACUCUUGUGUAACGUUUGUUAAAUUACGUUGUUCAUUUUUAUUUGGUUAUUUAAAUUAAAGAUCGAAAAAGAAAAUGAAAUGAAAUGAAAAGGUCAUGAAGGACUGAAGCGGGGUAACCGGUGGGAUUCUGCGAAAGGAACCACCAGACCGGAACUACCUGGCCGGAACCCCUGCCGGCUAUGGGCAAAGAUGUCGUCAGGGAUACGCUUGUCUGCGUUUCCAUGGGGAUUGCCUCUGUCUCUCUUUAUGUUGGCUACAUCGCUACUUAUCUGUACAUACAGCUGUUGUUCCUGGCUUCGAUGGCGUUCUCCUGGCAGCUCCUAGAUCGAAAUCUUUAAACGUGCUCAGGGCCUGAGGUGGUCCACGGUAGCACACUACACACUCACGGCUGAGUAGGCUUAGGAAAAAUGAUGGAAGGAAAGGAAAAGAGAAACAACUCCUUUCUCCUACUCUGGACAAACAGGUCACCUCUAGUGAUAUGUCUGUGUCGGGGUUUUUUUUCCGUGUUCUGUGACAUUUUUAUUUUUAUCGUUUUAAAACUGUCUGAAGAAGAACGUGAUCUGCACUUAAGGGCAAAUAUUAAUAAUAAUAAAAAAAAAUGUUGCACACAUUUUUAGACAUCGUCAUCAUCAUCAUCAUCGGGCCUUGUAUCGCUCCACGACGUGCCUCUCAUUAGUGACCACUGUCUAUUUAUGUCAUCCGUGUCCUCCGCUCAACUGGAGCCACAGCCAGACUGGACACAGGAACGUUGAUUUUAGUUUCAAAGACCUGCGGUGAGUUUGCAUCAAAGCUUUGCUUUCCCUGAUUGAGAUUGAGAUUGGGAUUGGGAUUGGGAGGGUUUCUGAGACAUCCCAUCUAGGAAGCCGCAGAGGCCAUGGAACGCCAGGAACGCUUUAUGACUCCAAUACACCGGGAUCUACUUGUCUGUUGCAUUUAAAUAGAACAAUAUAAAUGUUGAAAUCA